UGUCAAGAGGCAGGAGCAGGAAACCUCUGACAAGAGUAUCCCUUUACGUGCCCGUCCCCGUCUGAGAUGCAGACCGACACGGUUUGGGGCUCUGCUGGGCUCAUAGGAGCGAGCAGACACCCCCCUGGAAUGGAAUGUAGAUAACUAACUGAUGGUGUUGGCUGCCCUCUGCAACAGACACAUACCGGCUCAUUCAACACUGGACAAUUCCACCCAGUGCCGCUGAGAGCGAGGAAAUCGGUCUACCACCCAGAGUGAAUACCUGUUCAAUCAAGGGAAAAGUGGCUGAGCUCCUUUCGGGCCCCCUAACACACAUUGUAAUAUUUAAUGGCAAACACUUUUGGAAAAAGAGCGGAAAGGAGGGUAACCUGAAACGCCUGGUCCUUCUAGUCUCCACUGAAGCACCACAGGCUCAGCUUGCUUGAGUUGUAACCCACACCCUGAGCGUUCCCUUAUAUGGAGGCAUAUCAACCGGUUGGUGCCAGAUUGUAAGAGAUGAAGAGAAGAAUUUCUGAGAAUUUAAGACUUGUGCAGUCAAUAAGCUCAAGGUUUAGAUUCAGGGUUACUUCAACAGUGUCAUAAGAGAACAUUUGACUUCCUCUGAUGGAAACAGCUGAAGGACACUAUGUGGUUAGCUUAGAACUUUGCGGUGAACAGUACUAUUUGAGGUUGGCUUGUUUAGUCUUCAUGGUUUGAUACCCCUUUCACUAACACCAAUGGCAAUUAUUUGCGUUAGUGAAAGGGAUGGAAAGUGUCCUACUUUAAAGAGCUCAGCACCUGACUGGUAUUGGUUUCAGCAGCGCUGCUGGCUACGCUUCACCUGUGUGUCAAGAGAAGGUGACGCCACACAUCCCCUGUGGUUACUAACAGCCAAUUAAAAAGCAGCUACACUUUCACAUCCCCAACAAUGGUAACCUAUCAGCUUUCAGCAGUCAGGUAAUGUAAUCUAACCAUGACUGACAGGCAGUAUUGUGUGCAUAUACACAUUCUUGCUAUACUUUAUUAAAUGUUCACUAAUGGAGCAUAUAAAGUUCACCAGUUGUCUGGUAUUGGUGAUUUUUGUUUGGUCUCAAUAUUUUUAUAGUGAGCAAUGUAAAAUUAAAAAAUGUUUUUCACAAUUUUCUGAAGAGAACACUCUUGAUAUCUUGUUAUUUUAUCUUCCUUCUCCCUCCAUCUUUCCCCCCCAUGUGUCCACCAGUCGUCCGUGGUGUUCUGCUCUCUCUGUCCCUGUGCCUCGUCCAAAGGCGGCCGGAAAGUAGCCGAGGGAAAGUCUUCUAAGGGGAAGGCCAAAGAGAGCAAGAAGAAACAAGUUCCCAAGAUAAUCUUCGGCAUUCGCUCCCACAAACAGAUCACUCAGAUGGGCCACGAGAUGAAUCGUACGCUCUCUGUGUUGCCCUCUUACCUCUCAUUGGAGGUCGUUGACUAUUACUGGGCCUGAAUUUAAUUAUUUUGAACUGAGAUUCACCCCAAUCCAGCUGUGAAAACCAUGACCUCUUCAGACAUGGAAACACACCUCCGAUCAUGAGUUUGAGUGGUGUUUCUGAUCCCAGUGACAGACACUUAAAGGGAGUGAAUUUGAGCUGCCUCUGAGCUCUAGAAAGAAAGGCUUCGUAACCCAACCCCACAGUUAAAGGACAGGCAGACAGCCCCCAUCACUGUCGCCCCAGGUGACAAUUACACCCCAUAAUAUCCCCAAUUGGUCAGUCUCUCUAGCACGAUGACGUGUCACGAGGCUUCAGACAGGUUUUGUGUCGGAUGGGAGACUUUAUAGCCAGUGUUACUGUUACAGUCCUAACUCCUGUUCUCCUCAAGGUGAGGGGGCUAGUGUAAUGAGCACACACAUACAAACACACAUGGGUCAGCCUGAUCGUAUAAUAAGCCCCUAUUUCGCUGUCACCAGAGGUGUCUAUCUGUCCUGUCCACCUCAGCCUACAGUCGCCACGGUGACAGUGUUACAUCCUGAUCUGUUACAGAGAAUAGAUGUCCCCGCGAUAACCCCAGAGGAUAGAAUGGCCACAGCUCCAUCACACUCAUUCUUCCAUCAGCCCUGUUUAUCCCUCCACUCUCCAGUCCUCUAGGCCCUGUCUAUAGCCAGUCUCUUGUUACAUACACCUGGCUCUGACUGAGCUUCGUUGGGUAAAAACUCCCCUGUUGUGUUUUCUCUUUUUGUGGAGUCAUGAAGUCAAAUCACACCCCUAAGCUGCCAUUGAGCCAAUAUAAGAAUUACUUGAGUGGACGCUAAUCCUUUAACCUUCGCCACACGCGUGCUCGCGCACACACACUGAACCGUUUGAAACAAAACCGUUUUAAGUGCAAAAGUUUAUCCAUGAUGUGUUGCAGAAAGUGAGCACCCAUCCACCCCUUUGAUAGCUGCCUUUCUUUCCAUGCCUUUGGCGGUAACGGAGUAUAGUCGGCACGUGUGUGUGUCACCGGGGAGCCGGCUGGUUGUGACAUGGUGGUAGAUGAGGCGCCUCUGAUGACCGGGUAAUGAGCCUUAGUACAUGAGACUGGAGACUGCCACCUGGGAAUUACCCCGAGCUAUUGGUAAUGCCAGAAGAGUUGUUGUUGGUACUGCGCUAUAUUGAGUGUGUGUUUGUACAUGUCCUAUGUGUAUAAACCAUGAUGAAGGUAUUGAUCAGUGUUGGUUCUGAGAGGUCCUCAAGGUCACAAGUAAGCUGAACUUAAUUAGUUUUCAUGUGUGUAUUGUCAAGGAUGAAAACAACUCUUCCUCCUCUCUCUCUUACGUACCACACGCAGGGAGUGUCGGGCUUGACCAGGUAGUGGUCAAGGAAUAUGUGCAGGGCGUGUUAUACCGCUUCAAAAACGGCGUGCACAAGAUGCAGGACCAGAACACUGCACUGGGUCCAUGGUCUCCAUCAGUCGGCUGGGGGGGAGGCUGAGGGCCUGCUCCUACUACGCUGCCAGGGACAUCAUGCCUGUAUCCUAUUCUGUCCCCACAACUAUCUACUGGACCCCAUCAUCAGGGAGAGCUUGGGUCAGGUGGGAAGGGCAGGCAUGGUGAGGGGAGCAGAGAGAAGGAUAAGGAGGAGUGAGAGAUGGGUGUAGUCUUCUAUCCCUAAAACAACCUACUGGACCCCAUUAUCAGGGAGAGCAUGAGUCUGGCAGAACGAGGGAUGCAGGGAAUUGUUGUUGGAGUUAGAGAAGGAGUGAGUGAUGAGGAUGUAGGCCUGAAGAAAAGGUGGUUUCACACAUUAAAGAAUAGAUGUGUCCUUUUACUUUUAGCUGAACAUAUUCCUUGACAACUACCUGGUCAAACCCACUGCAUGUCUACUAGGGUGCAGUGGGAGGGGAGGCUAUCUCCUUCCCUGCAGAUUCACAUCAACCUGAAGGGUCAGAUUGGGGUUCUGGAUGAGGCCCACAACAUAGAGGACUGUGCCAGCUACACCCUGAACAAACCCCAGCUGCUGUCUGCCAGGGAGAAGCUGGAUAACAUCAGGUGCUCCAACCACGAACCGCUGCUGGCCUUCUGCUGUUCCCUGCUCAAUUGGAUGCAGGAGAGCUGCAGUGUUCUGGCUGAGAGGGAGUAUGAGAUGUCCUGUCAGGUGUGGAAUGGCAAGGAGGUUUCUUCCAUACCAAGGUCAUCACCACUGACACCUUUGCGAUGCUGCAGAAGCACCUAGCAGCGGUGUUGGAGAAAGAGGGGUUGGGCUGGUGAAUGGGAGAGAGGACACAUUGGAGGUCCCCACCAUCAGCUCAGUCAGCUCCUCUGUCCUCAAGAGUCUCUUCAUUGUGCUAGACUUCCUCUACAGGGAGAAGAGCAGGUUUUCAGAGGACCACUGCGUGGUGCUGCAGCAGUCCUACACCUGGACCACUGCUCCAGACGUGCCAGAUGCUCAGGGCUUCUUCGCCAGGCCCAACCGCUGACGCCACAGUGCCAAGACCCUUGUACACACACUCAGCUUCUGGUGCCUCAGCUCAGCCGUGAUGCUUGACAAGCUGUGUGACUGCUUGACCAACACAGGGCUGGGGGACAGGAAGACGGUGAUCACAGAGCCUAGAGGAGGAGAGAACUAUGAUGCCAUCAGAAUCAGUGGAGAGUUUGCAUGGGACAGAGGUGAGACUGGGCUGUCUCACUCUCUCUUCUUCACUCUCUGUGUCUAUCUUUGUCAGUCUGUCUGUAUCUCUCUUGUGCAAGGGAUUGAGCACCAAUUGGUUUGGUGUUGGGUACCCUUUUAAAUGUGGAAGAAUUCUAGUCAUAUCUGUUUAGGACAGAUGACUGGGUUGAUAUUGGGGUUGUUUCUGCUGUGCUGAUGGCUGUGUGUAGAGGGAAGGUGAGUGAAGGACUGGACUUCACAGACGACAACGCCAGAACAGUGGUCAACGUCGGCAUCCCCUUCCCCAACAUCAAGGACCUGCAGGUGGAGCUGAAGAUGAAGUAUAAUGACCAGCACUGUAAAGCCAGGGGUCUGCUGUCAGGCUCCCGCUGGUAUGAGAUCCAGGCCUACAGAGCCAUCAACCAAGCCCUGGUCAGGUGUAUUAGACACAAGAAUGACUGUGGAGCCCUCAUUCUGGUAGAUGACCGGUUUGGGAACAACCCCAACAAAUACAUUUCAGGUCUGUACAAGUGGGUGCUUAACCUUUUCAGGCACAACAACGCCUUCAUCUGUGCUAUGCAGUCGCUGAUGACCUUCUUCAGGUGCCAACAGGGAGCAGGAGAGACCCAUGGAGCAGGGAGCCAGAUGUUCAACAGCACCACCAUCCUGUUCAGCCAGUCAAUCUCUAGUGACUGUGGAAGAUCUGUCCCACUGUCGGCCCAGUCCUAGCCCCAGCUCAGACAGCCUUCUCUGGGCCACGAUGCACCACACUACCAUACUACCACCUCUCAGGUCCCAGAGCCCCACACCCAGCUACAGGGGGUCAGGUCCUGGGUUCCCCCUAUGGUCUCUGUCCCACCUGCUCUGUGGCCUCUGUCCACCAUCAGCCAUGGAAACACAGAUGAGAUGUAUAGAGAUGUAUUACAUUAGAUAAAUAAGUUAUUUCAGGGAAGUUGGUAGAUUAUCAGAGGUUUGAUUGGUGCAUAAAAACAUACGAAAGCUUCAUCCAGAGCUCUUUGCGUUAACUCCUUGUAUAAGUGGUUCCUAAUGAGUCCAUUGCAUCAGUCAGUCUUCCACAAAGGUCUCCCACUACCUCGACUGCAUGACCUCACUGCAGACCAACAUCUGGUGUGUUCCUCUCUCUUGUUAUUCAUGAUGGGAUGGUAUUAUAUGAACAGUCCUGUCCCAGUAAAGUGGAUGGGAACAGGGGAACAAUGUGUGAGGCUUUUUGGAUCUACUUCUCUGAUAAAUAAAUGUAAUGGAACAAGGAUGUUAGGGGUGUAGAGGAGCAAUGCUCAUGCCGUUUCCUCCUGCAAGGGUUUCAUUUGAUCAAUGUUCAGGAUUCUUAGCUUCGGUUUUAGUCAAAUCAUUUUACAUUUCUUCCUCUUUAGGAAUCUUAAGACAUGUUGAUGUACAAAAUGCUGUGUAUAUAUGUUUUAGGUCCGUUUUGCUUCUGAUCCUACCCUCCGCUGUUUGUUACAGCAGAACCUCUUAUAGGUGUCAAGCUAAGUGAGUGUAAAUGCAGUGAGAUAUCAGGCUUCAUAUGGUACCUUGGACCUCACUGAGGAUGGAUCCAUAGAAAAACAUGGGGUCUGAACCUAACGGAAUGAUAGUACUAUGAGGUCACUGGGUUUAUAAAUUAAGUGGAUACACUCCGUUCUAGAGCUCUAGUCUAUUGUCUGUCUCGUUACUUGGGUCGCUGUAAGGCUGAGCUGUUUGGUCAAUUGCGUUUUGAGGGGUGGGUGGGGGUGUCAGGAGCUGGAUCAGGUGGGGGGAGUUUGUAUGUGCACCAAUCUGUCUCAUUACUACGAGACCUUAUACAUGGCUGAGUGAUGCUGGGUUGGUCUGAAGCAAGCAGCUUGAUGAGCAGAUGUUAGACUGUUGCUUUAAAUAAAUCACAUUGACCAUUGUUUGUGUUAUAUUGAGCGUGAGACGGUGGUGGUGAUUUCUUCUCCACUGCACUGUUCUGGAUAAGAGUCAGAAAGACAUCAUUUGCCCACACCCCUAAACCACUAAACAUGUGCAGUGUACUGUACACUAACCUAGCUGUUACGGGCCCAGCAUAUAGGAUCCUUGAGGCCAAUGUUGGCAUUGUCAAUGUACUUCCCCCGUUAUUUUCUCACCUUUACUGUCAACACCUGAUGACUGCUCCAAUCAGCUCAUCUGAAUGUCUAAAUAUAUUAUAAGUAUUCAUACAACUGUGUUGUCUUUCCUUUCUAUGGUUUCCCAUAACGUGUGUAUUCUCUGUGGGCACGUGACCAGAAGCAGACACAGCAACACCCCUCCACUCAUCUGAAGAGUGAUCCCAAGGCCCCUCCCCCACUGUCUCCACCACCCACGGCCCCUGCACCACCUCCACCCCUGUGAGCUCCACCCACUUCAAGACCCCUCCAUCUUCCGGGACCCAGGCCGGCGUUGUGGUCCUCUGGUCGUCCCGCCACGGCCUGACUCUGUGGAGGGGGAGAAGGAGAACCAGGAGAAUGUAAGUCUGGAUCCCCUGCCCAGGAAGGAAGGCCCGUAAGGGGACGGAUGGACCGGCAGCUACCCCUCCCAGCCAGGACCAGAGCCCAGACGAUCCCACCCUGCUAGAGGAAGACCAGAGCAUCUUCACACCUGAGAUGUUUGAUGAUGAAGAGGAUGUGGACCAAGCCUCUCCCCAGGACAUUGCAUUGGACGAUGAAAGGGGAGGGAACUGUGCUUGCUGCCAGCCUUGCUCUAUCUACCGGAACAGCCCAGGCUGUGUCUGAGGACCUGUUUGGCCCAGAGCAGGGGCACAGGAACGGUCAUUACCACUGAUACCCAGAGGGGCGGCGCUCUUGCUCCCUCAGCUAGUAGAGACUGUCAGUGUGAGAUGGGAACAGGACAGGCAGCGAAAGUGGUGACAUGGCCCAACAGCAAGAGACCCAGAGACAGGAGGACCAAGGUCAGGGAGAAGGACAGGAGGUGAACCAGACCCAGGCGCAGGGUCAGACCCAGGGGGGACCCAGGGCCAGAACAGGCAGAUAGGCAGCAGGACACGCAGGCUGUCCAGGUCCAG